ACAAGUGCCAGUUGAGAUUUGAAAGUCUUCCCCGCCGGUCGCAGCACAGCUUCCUAUUCGCUAGGACGGUGAUUUUUGCCAGUCUUGCCGGUAGCAAAACACGUUAGGGUCAAGUGCAGUUGUACUCUAAAGCGUCUACCAACGUGAAACGUUUGCCUUUGGUGUUUUGUUUUGUCUCGUUAUUCAUUUUCCUUGUGCAUACGAGAUGGGAUUAUUCGAAACGCUUCGUUUUCGCGUUCUUCCCUAUUGGAAGACGUACAUAUUGGUCCUUCUGCCGUUGAUCCUUUUACCGUUACCGGUGAUUGGUCAAGGAAAGGAAGCAAGAGCAGGCUAUGUAAUCAUCAUAAUGGCUCUGUAUUGGAUGACUGAAGCUUUGCCUUUGGCAGUCACCAGUCUUCUACCUGUUGUUCUCUUCCCGCUACUAGGCAUCAUGAGUACCGGGAAAGUGUGCACGGCUUACAUGAAAGAAACCAACAUGAUGUUUAUCGGAGGCUUGAUGGUAGCUCUGACGAUCGAACACUGCAAUUUACAUAAGAGGAUCGCCCUACGAGUACUGCUAUUGGUCGGAGCUAGUCCUAGAUGGUUGAUGCUAGGAUUCAUGUUAACAACUAUGUUUCUAUCCAUGUGGAUUUCCAAUACAGCUACGACUGCCAUGAUGGUUCCUAUCGUUGAAGCAGUCGUCCAAGAGCUUUUCAAGGAUGGCGACGAAGAAAUGAAGAGAGACCCGAACGUACGUAUGGUUCCAGACGGAAUGUCGACGUGUUCUUCCAACAACACAUUGGAAAUCGAUCUGGAUUCAUCCGAAGGUGUUAGUCAGAAUCUCGAGGCAGUUUCCAUUGAUUCAAUUGCCGACGUAGGUAAAAGCUGCCAAGAGCUAACAAGUCCCACCGAUCAAAGGUCGUAUAGUUCCCCGACAUCCGAAUACAAACAAACAAUUCGUACGUGUACCCUAAUGUCCAUUGCUUACGCUUCAAACAUUGGAGGUACUGGGUCUCUUAUUGGAUCAAGUCCCCAAUUAGCUCUCAAAGGAAUUUUAGAUGAAUUGUAUGGAUCCGCUCCUGGUUUAAAUUUUGCAUCAUGGAUGGCCUUCAAUGUUCCAGGCAUGCUAAUCAACACGUUCCUUGCAUGGAUCUGGCUGCAGUGUCUCUUCCUCGGAUUCAAACGGACAUCUGCUGAUGCCAAUGCGCAAGCUGCAGUCGUCAAAAAAUUGAUUCGUACAAAAUAUGAAGAAUUGGGACCUAUGACAUUCCACGAGUUGGCAACGUUAGUCUUAUUCAUUUUGUGCGUUGCACUCUGGUUUUUCCGUGACCCGCAAUUCAUUACUGGAUGGGCCGAAUUUGUACCCGCAGUAGAAGUGGAUGAUGCCACUGCUGUGAUGACCAUCGUCUUGCUUCUUUUUAUCAUCCCCGCGAAACCGAAAUUUUGGAACUGUCACACAGGAGAAAGAAAUGAAGGGCCCAGUCCUGCCCUUCUAGAAUGGAAAUUGGUACAGGAUAGAUUACCUUGGGGAAUCGUUCUCCUAUUAGGUGGAGGCUUUGCCUUAUCUGACGCCUCUAAAGCAUCCGGUCUUUCAUCUUGGCUUGGAGAUCAGUUAGCUGUUUUGAGUUUCCUGCCUCCGUUUGCCAUCAUGUUGAUUAUUUGCAUCAUGACGGCCGCCAUUACUGAAGUAGCAUCUAACACAGCGACGGCAAACGUCCUUUUGCCGAUUCUAGCCGAAAUGGCAGUAACGAUUAAAGUCAACCCGCUCUUCCUGAUGUUACCUGCAACUGUAACUUGUUCGUAUGCAUUCAUGCUACCAGUUGCCACUCCACCCAAUGCAAUUGUUUUCGCUGCGGGUAAAAUGAAUCCAGUAGAUAUGGUGAAAGCGGGUUUACUAAUGAACAUAGUAUGCGUCGUUGUCAUUUGCCUGCUGAUGGCUAGCUUUGGUAGUUUCAUAUUCGGUUUCGAUGAAUUCCCCGACUGGGCUCUGCCGCAAGUGAAAAAUGCAACCAUGACAACAUUGUCACAAUUUUCGAACUGCACAUCUCCGUGAACAAAUGCGUCAUGAACAAUGGGAAUGUAGAGAAAGACAUGACGUUGGUGAGCUUGAAGUAAAAAUUAUUUAAAUAUUAACUGUUUAAUUGAACAUUUUAAUCACCGGUGUUCUUGUUUCAGCAUACUCUGCGGUACUGGGCCAUGGGUAGGUAUAGACCAAGAAGGUUGAUAACCCUUUUUUAGUGUACACGACAAUCAAUCUAUAAUUGACGCUGUGUUGCAUAAUCUUUGCUAUUUUGCUACUAUCGUUAGCAAAAGCUUGCAAAAAUUUACAUUCAAACCUGCAUAUCCAAAUACAUUGUUUUCUU